GUUGCUUGAAACAAAACAACACCACAACACUUUGACCCCAUUGCUCAAAGAGAGAGUCCUUUUGUAUCAAGACGACGACGAUGUUACGGAUUGCUUCACUACGGUACACAGUCACAAGCACAGCUAGUGCUAGCAGAUGGACAAGAGUCAGAGUCUUCAGUUCUACCGCUUUGAAUAAUACCCCUGAUCGAGACCCUGGGUUGGCACUAACCAGUGUUUUAUCGAAUCCCAAGGAAGUGAAUGGUCCUACCAGCAAAAUACCCUCUCGUGCAGAACAAAUUCGUCGAUUGCAACAACAUAGUGCCGACAUCAACAACAAGCAGGAAUAUGACAUUGUGGUGGUAGGAGGCGGAGCCACAGGUGCUGGAAUUGCUCUCGAUGCGGCCAUGCGAGGACUUCAAGUGGCCUGUAUUGAACGAGGGGAUUUUGCCUCGGAAACGUCUUCUCGAUCCACCAAACUGAUUUGGGCUGGUAUAAAAUAUAUGGCCACGGCAUCCGCAGCCUUGCUUUCCAAACGAUUGUUCACCAACCCAGUGGCUACGAUUCAGGAUUUCUAUGGCGAAAUGGCCAUGGUGCUGGAAUGCCAUCAAGAACGAAAAUUCAUGACGGCCAAACAACCGCAUUUGUGCAGCUGGAUACCCAUCGCCGUGCCCUUUACCAAAUGGCAUGUCAGUCCACCACCUUUUGGACAUUGGUUGUUUGGGUUCUUUCCCAUCUUGUCACCCAUGGUCAUGAAAUUUUAUGAUGCCCUCAGUUUGUUCCAGUGUCCACCCUCCUACAUUAUGUUGCCCAAAAAGGCAAAGGAAGUAUUUCCACAAAUGGCACAUGAAGAUAUUCUCUAUGCCUCUGUCUUUUUUGAAGCAAUUCACAAUGACGCGAGGACGAACUUGGCCAUUGCCUUGUCAGCAGCAGAACAUGGAGCCAGUAUAGUCAACUAUGUGGAAAUGGAAAGUGUCAUCCAAGACGGUACGAAAAAGGUUGUUGGAGUCAAUGCUGUGGAUAGAAUGACUGGUCAACAAUUAGCAUUGAAAGCAAAGAGAGUGGUAUUUGCAGGAGGACCCUUUACGGAUGACUUGAGACGAAUGGAAACGGGCGAGGCGACCAAACCAGCUGUGCAAGGAGGUGCCGGGACGCAUGUUGUGUUGCCGAGCUAUUACUGCAGUAGCCAGAUGGGGUUGCUGGAUUACAAUACGAGUGAUGGCAGGUUCCUCUUUAUACUGCCCUGGGAAAACCAUACUUUGAUUGGAACCACCGAUGGCAAAAGUUCAGCACAUACGCUUCCUGGUCCACCCGAGGAUGAAGUGGAUUGGAUCUUGAAUGAAUGCAAAACUUACCUUAGUAACGAUUUGGAAGUUCGUCGAUCCGAUGUCAACUGUGCCUGGCAGGGAUGGAGGCCCCUGGCGGUUGACCCUCAUGCUCCACCGGGUGCACCAGUCAGCAGAGAUCAUGUGAUUAGUGAAAAUGAGGAGACGGGAAUCAUCUUCAUUGCGGGGGGAAAGUGGACUACGUGGAGAGUCAUGGCUCAACAGAUUGUGGACCGGGUUGUCGGAAAAAGUGGUCCCAAGUGUUCAACGUUGGACGCAAAGUUGUUUGGUCACGAUGGAUACGAAGAUAAUCUCAAGAUCAAGUUGAUUCAAAAGCAUGGAAUGCCGGAGCAUGUAGCAGAGCAUCUUGCCAGAACAUACGGAGGACAAGCGUGGGAUUUGUGCGGCAUUUCCAAACCAACACCAAUUGUUGCCGGAUACCCGUACAUUGAAGCAGAAGUAAUCUACGCCUGCAGAGAGUAUGCUUGUACGGUUGAGGAUAUUUUAAGUCGAAGAACACGAUUAGCCUUCCUAAACAAGGAGGCCGCAUUGCAAGCAAUUCCCAAAGUUGCAGAGCUCAUGGCCAAUGAGCUUGGGUGGACCAAGGAAGUAACGGCACAACAGAUCGAGGCAGCAACGAAGUAUGCGGAAUCCUACGCCGGUCCUGAUCGUGCAGAAAGAUGAUUGUGGCAUCUUCAUCGGGAAUCUGUCAGCCCGUAGCGUACUGAAUAAAGUCAUGCAGCAAAAUAUAUCUGGCUGGAGAGCUCAAAAACGAUGAUACAACCAAUAGUACAAUACAGGGGCGCAUCCAAGAGAGAUGUAGAGCGCAAGCGAUGUGAAUUGUCUUCCAAGAGGCUACAACUGGCCAACAAGACUAGCUAGGUCGAAAACUUUCAAGCUUGGAAUAAUUCUAUUAAGCACUACACAUUCCUGUUUUGUCUAUGUCAUCCACAUAUUGGUAGCCGUAAAAUAUACACCCAUACAUGGCCCUCACA